AUGAAGUUCUCCCACAGCAUCCAGUUCAAUGCCGUGCCGGACUGGAGUGCCUAUUAUCUGGCUUACAGCAACCUGAAGAAACUGAUUUACUCCCUCGAACAAGAAGCCCAUCGAUCGGCAGGCCAAGGGCACGUCGAUGUGGAGUCCGCUCCGUUGCUCGACAGCGGCACCUUGGAUACGGAUGCCGUCUUCCGGCGGGCCCUCGACGCCGAGCUGGAGAAGAUCUGCUCCUUCUUCCAGGCCAAGGAGGCCGAGGUGCUGUCCGAGGUCGAGGAGGUCGUCCGCGAGGCCGAGGAUUAUGCCAACCAGGCCGACAAGAUCAAUGUCGAUCCGAUGAGCGAGACCAUGGUCAAGGCCCGGACCAUGAGCGCGAGCUCCCGCCAGCAGCCCGGCCAUGUCUUCCGCCAGUUGGCGUCCCAGGAGCGGCGUCGCAGCACGUUCAGUGACACCCUGGCCGAUGACGAUGACGAUGCAGACAGCGAUGACGAGCCCGGCCCGCGGGCGAAUCAGAUGCGGCCCCAGUCGCAUGGCGCAGAGUCCAGCAAUCCCGACGCCAGUCGUACGGACGACAUGCGCGAUUCCGGGCUGUGGGCGGCCGACUCUAGGAUCUUGGGCUACGGGCAAAGCAACCGCGGGGCCCCGGACGAGCAGUUCUCGGACCCGAUCGUCGUGGACCUCUACAACACGGGCCUCUCGCUGAAGAAGCAGGCGGUUGCGGCGUAUGUCUCGAUCUGCGGGCUCAAGUCGUACAUCCAGCUGAACAAGACCGGGUUCUCCAAGGCCUUGAAGAAGUACGAUAAGACGCUCGACCGCAACAUGCGGCGCGAGUACGUCAACGCGGUCGUGUCUCCGGCGUAUCCGUUCACGGAUUCGACCAUGGACCGCGUGGACGACAACAUCCAUAAGAUCGAAGAGGUGUACGCCAACGUCGUCACGGGGGGGAACAUCCCCCUGGCUAAACGCGAACUGCGACUGCAUCUCCGAGAGCAUGUGGUCUGGGAGCGAAACACGGUCUGGCGCGAGAUGAUCGGCAUUGAGAGGAAAGCGCAGGCCGCGAAUGUGGGCAUUCGCCGGACCCUCCUGGGAAUCGACGACGAUCCUUCCCAGGCACGACGCCAAGGAGACGAGCAGGACGGCGUGGAGAAGAAUCUCAGGACGCCCUUCGGGGUCAUCACCAUCCCGCAGUGGCUUUGCAGCUUGAGCUUGGGAACCCUCGUGUUCGUCCUCAUCGUCUUCGGCAUCUUGCUCUCUGCGCCUAUCAUGAAGAAGCCCGAGCAGCAGAACUGUCUGGCCAUGCUCGUCUUCGUCAGCUUGCUUUGGGCCACCGAGGUCAUCCCCCUCUUCGUCACGUCCCUGCUCAUCCCGUUCCUCGUCGUGAUGCUCCGCAUCAUGAAGUCCGAAACCAAGCCGUACGAGCGUCUAGGAGCCAAGGAGGCCACCAGCGCCGCCUUCAGCGCCAUGUGGACUCCAGUCAUCAUGCUCCUCCUCGGCGGGUUCACCAUCGCGGCGGCGCUAUCCAAAUACGACAUCGCCCGCCGCAUGGCGAUGUUCGUGCUGAGCAAAGCCGGCUCCAAACCCAACGUCCUCCUCCUCACCAACAUGUUCGUGAGCAUGUUCCUAAGCAUGUGGAUCAGCAACGUCGCGUCGCCUGUGCUCUGCUACUCAAUCAUCCAGCCCCUGCUACGCAACCUCGCGCCAGACUCCAGCUUCGCCAAGUCCCUCGUCCUCGGCAUCGCCCUCGCCGCCAACGUCGGCGGCGCCGCCUCCCCCAUCGCAUCCCCACAGAACAUCAUCGCCCUGCAAAACAUGUACCCCAGCAUCAGCUGGGGCACGUGGUUCUUCAUCUCCCUCCCCGUCUGCAUCAUCUCCAUCCUCCUCAUCUGGGGCCUGCUCGUCAUGACCUUCCGCCCCGGCCGCGAAACCACGGUCGCCAUCCGCCCCCUGAAAGACAAAUUCACCGGCGUGCAGUGGUUCAUCAGCAUCGUCACCCUCUCCACCAUCGCCCUAUGGUGCGGCAGCCACCAGCUCGAGCACAUCUUCGGCGACAUGGGCGUCAUCGCCAUCAUCCCGAUGGUGUUAUUCUUUGGAACUGGCAUCCUGAACAAAGAAGACUUCAAUAACUUCCUCUGGACAAUCAUCAUCCUCGCCGCCGGAGGCCUCUGUCUCGGUAAGGCGGUUACUUCGUCGGGUCUGCUGCAUACUCUCGCCAAUGCGAUCCGCGCCGAGGUCGAGCAUCUAAGUCUGUAUAGCGUGCUCAUCGUCUUUUCGGCGUUGAUUCUGGUCGUGGCGACGUUCAUCUCGCAUACGGUUGCCGCCCUGAUUAUGUUGCCCCUUGUUAGGCAGAUUGGUCUGGGGAUGGAGGAUCCUCAUCCUAACUUGCUGGUCAUGGCUAGUGCGUUGAUGUGUUCGGUUGCGAUGGCGUUGCCUACGAGUGGGUUUCCGAAUAUGACCGCCAUCAUGACCGAAGUCCCCCAGACCGGCCAGCGAUACCUCCAAGUCCGCCACUUCUUCACCCGUGGUAUUCCCGCCAGUCUGAUGUCGUUUGCUGUCGUCGUGACUGUGGGAUACGGGUUGAUGUAUAUUGCGGGGCUGUGAUUGAUGCUGCUGCUGAUUGCGUUGCUGUGGUUUGCUGUUGUUGGUUGAUUUAUUAUU